CGGCCUGCGGACUCGCUUCUCCCGCAGGACGCGCCGCGCGUCGCCAUGGCCGCGCCGGGGGCGCAGCAGCUGGACGAAGACGACGGCCUGCGGGCCUGUGAACUCUACGUGCAGAGGCGCGGCAUCCAGCAGGUGCUCAAGGACUGCAUCGUGCAGCUUUGCUUGGCCAAGCCCGAGCGCCCCAUGCGGUUCCUGCGCGAGCACUUCGAGAGGCUGGAGAAGGAAGAAAACAGACAGAUCCUGGCUCAGCAGAAGGCGGCCUCGCAGUCGGACUUGCAGGACGAGGAUGUGUCUCCGUUGCCACCCAAUCCUGUGGUGAAGGCCCGGCACCGGCGCGGGGGCGUGAGUGCCGAGGUGUACACGGAGGAGGAUGCCGUGUCCUACGUGCGGAAGGUCAUCCCCAAGGACUACAAGACCAUGACGGCGCUGGCCAAGGCCAUCUCCAGGAACGUGCUGUUCUCUCACUUGGACGACAACGAGCGGAGCGACAUAUUUGACGCCAUGUUCCCCGUCACACACAUCGCUGGGGAGACCGUCAUACAGCAAGGGGACGAAGGGGACAACUUCUACGUGAUCGACCAGGGAGAGGUGGAUGUGUACGUGAACGGAGAGUGGGUGACCAGCAUCAGUGAAGGCGGGAGCUUCGGGGAGCUGGCCCUCAUCUAUGGCACCCCCAGGGCAGCGACCGUGAAGGCCAAGACGGACCUCAAGCUCUGGGGCAUCGACCGGGACAGCUACCGGCGUAUCCUCAUGGGCAGCACGCUGAGGAAGCGCAGGAUGUACGAGGAAUUUCUCAGCAAGGUCUCCAUCCUGGCAUCCUUGGAGAAGUGGGAGCGUCUGACGGUGGCUGACGCCCUGGAGCCUGUGCAGUUUGAAGAUGGAGAGAAGAUUGUGGUGCAGGGGGAGCCUGGGGACGACUUCUUCAUCAUCACAGAGGGCACGGCUUCGGUCCUGCAGCGCCGGUCCCCCAACGAGGAGUACGUGGAGGUAGGGCGCCUCGGGCCCUCUGACUACUUCGGGGAGAUCGCACUGCUGCUGAAUCGGCCCCGGGCGGCCACGGUGGUGGCGCGGGGGCCCCUCAAGUGCGUGAAGCUGGACCGGCCCCGCUUCGAGCGCGUGCUGGGGCCCUGCUCCGAGAUCCUCAAGAGGAACAUCCAGCGCUACAACAGCUUCAUCUCGCUCACCGUCUGAGCACCCUGCUGCCCUCCGGGAAUAAACGUGGUGCCUCCCGGAAGGCAGCCCUCUCCCCGCCUCCCUGCCCUGUCCCCCCUCGCGGCCCCUCUCAGGGAGCCCACCCUCUCCCCCAUCUCCUGGGGUGCAGGCAGCUCCCCAGACCCGGCCCAGGCCUGGGGAUGUGAGGCCUCUGAGCUGCGGCUGGUCUGGGGCGAUGUCGUCCCUUUUCUUGGAGCUGGAAGCUGAGGCUGCAAAGCUCAGGCCCCUCCCUCAGACAUGCGCCUCCCCCAGGCCCCCCAAGAUGCCGGGGUUGGGGAUGCUCUGGUGGCUUCAGCCAGGCUCGGCCUCAGGGUGGAGUUGGGGGCGGUGACCUUCCCCUUUCCUGGAAAGCCCGGCACAUGGGCCAGUUUGCCUGACCGUCAGGGCGGGGGCCACCUUGCUGGGCCGGGACGCCCAGCAGGGAAGAACCCGCUGUUUGAGUCUGGGGCUUCCCUGGGCACGGGAGCCCUGCCCCCCGGGUCGGGAGGAGCCCUGCUGCCCCCACUGCUCCACAAAGCAGCCUCUCAGAGACUGGAGGGAGUGCAGGGACCUUCUGAGCACACUCUGGAUGCAGCUGUGAGUCACCCUCUGGCAGACAGGCCUCUGUUACCUGGAGCGUCGCCUUGGAAGGCGGGUAUCUGGGCCUCUCCCCGAGUAGGAGUGUGAGUGAGGCCAGCCUGCGGCCCGCACACCUAUGUUAUCCAUCAAUUGCCCCUGGAAGUGCCGCCAGGCCUGCUCUCAGCGGAGCUGGAGCGGCCAGGGCCUGUGCCCAUCGGACUCCCAGUGACCUGAAGUACCAAUGAGACAGCGCGGUUACCCCGAUUGUCUCCUGCCCAUGCGUCCUGGUCUGAGGGGACCUCUGCUUUGCCUCAGUGUUUCUGUGAUGUGUGAACCCCACCCCGUUUAUCACGAUGUUCUGAAUGCUGCAUGUGCUAUUAAAUGUGCAAUGAAGUACA